CCCGUGGGGUGACUGAGUCCGCCCCGGCGGUCACACCGACUCGGCCGUUGCCAACUUUUGAUCUACUUGGUGCACGAGCAAUACCAGCCCAGUUGCCUCUUGCUUUAAAACCCCUCUGAGAGCUCAGUGUACCUCUUGCCAUCCCCAGCCCAACACCUAUUUCCAUUGAUUCCCAUAAUCACUUGCUACAAUGCCGGGCAACACGCUUCACCCGACAGACAAUGUGCCUUCCCACAGGCCCCAUGUUCGCCGCGGAACUUGGUCUGCGGGCGACAUUCUACCUCAUCAUCUGCGCCAGAAGACGCGCCAUGAUUUCCAGGCCCAGGGCUCGUCCAAGCACCUGCAGUUGCUUGAGAAAGCCAAAGAGGAGGGCGAUUUUGGCGUGGCGUUGAACACUCUCUACAUUGGUCUCGCAGCAAAGGACGAGCCCAAUGGCCUCGUCGAAGUCGGCUUCGCCUCUCACGAUGGCACUUACAGCAUCGACUUUGCCGUGCAGGUGCUCGGCGGCGACCGUCGCACAGAGAGCAAUGGCGUCUCCAGUAGUGGUGUGUCCAGCGGCAUUUCCAGCGGCGUCAGCACCCCCGGUCGCUCGCCGAGCCCAUCGCGCCCCAUCAAGGAAGGCGAGAAGUCUGCCCUCUUGGCAGAUUACUUCAUCGGACGCAUUGAAUCAUACCAACAAGAACACAUGUACAAGUUUGUUGGGGCUGGUCUUUCAACGCGGGUGGUGGAGCUGAGCCCAGAGCUCCCUUCGCGCUUGUGGUGGGAGCUUGACAUCGUCCCGAUGGUGUUUGAACAGGGAUUGGAAGACCCGAGAGGGCAGUCUGACGUUGGCCCCGUCGCUGUCGACGAACUCGCCGAUUCUAUGGCCAGGAAGUGCUUGAUGUUCUUCGGCCCCAACUUGCAACCUAGGGUUCAAGUCGGUUACAAGAACGUGGUUGAGGUCGACUGCAGGGGCCAUGCCCAGAUUACUCGCUUCGACCAAUACCCAGAGACCGUGGGAGGGCGGACCUGGGAGGCCACCAUGAAGUAUGUCGCGUCACUGAAGAAGAACAACACCAAGAUUGCCUUCUUCAACAGCACGCCUCAGGGAGGUGGAGUCGCCCUCAUGCGCCAUGCCCUCAUCCGGUUCCUCAGUCUUGCUGGUGUCAACUGCGAUUGGUACGUUCCGAAGCCGAAGCCCGAGGUAUUCCGGAUCACCAAGACAAACCACAACAUCCUGCAGGGUGUCGCAGACCCUAAAGAACGUCUCACUAAGCACCAAAUUGAGGUUCUGGACGAGUGGUGCCAACAGAAUGCCGAUCGUUUCUGGAGCAACCAGAACGGACCCCUUGCGCCUCGUUCCCAGGGUGGUGCCGACGUCAUCAUUGUCGACGACCCGCAGAUGCCGGCGCUCGUCGAGAUUGCCAAGAAGAUCGAUCCGGACCGCCCGGUCAUUUUCCGCAGCCACAUCCAGGUGCGGUCCGACUUAGCCAACCAGCCCGGUACGCCGACGGCCGACGUCUGGAACUGGGUCUAUAACCACGUCAAGAAUGCCGACCUUUUCAUCAGUCAUCCGGUCAAGGCCUUCGUGCCCAACAACGUCGACUUCAAGAAAGUCGGCUACCUUCCUGCGACGACCGAUUGGCUCGACGGCCUCAACAAGGACAUGAGCCACUUCAUCAUGCAGUAUUACUUCCAUGAGCUCGCAUCCGAGGCCUUCCGGCAGCGCACCAACCGUCUCCAAUUCCCCAAGCGCGAGUACAUUGUGCAGAUUGCGCGCUUCGACCCUGCAAAGGGUAUUCCGGACGUGCUGGCCUCGUAUGCCGAGCUGCGCCGCAACUACAUGAAGGAUGUGCCACGGGAGAAAACGCCACAACUUGUCAUCGCCGGCCACGGCGCCGUCGACGACCCUGAUGGCUCCCUCAUCCUUGACCAAACGCUCUCGCAGCUCGAAGAGAAGUACUCAGACAUCUACCCUGAUGUCGUAGUCAUGCGUCUUGGCCCAACGGACCAGCUCCUCAACGCUCUCAUGUCGAACGCGAAAGUGGCACUGCAGCUCUCCACACGCGAGGGCUUCGAAGUCAAGGUCUCAGAAGCAGUGCACAAGGGCAUUCCGAUCAUCGCGACACUGGCGGGUGGCAUUCCCCUGCAAGUCGAAGACGGAAAGAGCGGCUUCCUGGUCAAGCCAGGCGACUACCGCGCCGUGGCGAAGCACAUGGCGGACCUGUUCCGCGACCAGAAGAUGUACGAGCGCAUGAGCCAGUACGCAGCCACGCACGUGUCGGACGAGGUCAGCACGGUGGGCAACGCCCUCAGCUGGCUGUACAUGGCGGAUGCGCUUACCACGGGCGAGGUGCUCAGCCCGGACAGCCGCUGGAUCAACGAUAUGGCGCGCGAGAAGGCGGGAUUGCCAUACGUGGAUGGCGAGCCCAGACUGCCGAGGGGUGGCCUUAACUUACACGAGUAGGUGAGUGAGUUGGUGACGAGUGCGUGGCGUGAGGGAGGUGGGUGUGCUGUACGGAUAUUAGGAUGGUGGGAAGG